GAGCCCAGGGUGGGCUGCAGGAGAUGCUCAGGAGCUGCAGGAGAUGCUCAGGAGCUGCAGGAGCUGCAGCUCCAGCUCUGCAUCCCUGCCCCUGUGCUCCAGCACACACCCCGGGGCCCUGGCUGCAGCACAUCCUGCAGAGGCGUGAAGGGCAGCCCAGCAGUGUCAGGGCUCAAUCACAUCCCAGAUUCUCACAAAUAAAUAAAUGUCCUGCCACCAGCCCUAACUCCGCUCCCUGUGCCGCAGGUGAGGCCGCUCUUUGCCAGCAGCAGCAGGUUGAUUUUGAUUUGAUCCUGGAGCACAUCAGGGACCUGAACUCGCUGGUGGGCGAGGGCAGCGCGCAGGUGGAGCAGACGGCGCGGGGGGCUCGGCUGCGGCGGGCAGAGCCCCUGCCCCUGACCCUGUACCGGGACGGCAUCACUGUGGGGCAGCACGGAGCCUUCCGGCCCUACCAGCACCCCAGCACGCAGCAAUGCCUGCAGGACAUCCUGGACGGUUAUUUCCCCUCGGAGCUGCAGCCACGCUACCCCGACGGGGUCCCCUUGCAGGUCACUGACAGGAGGGAUGUGGUGUUCCAGAAGCCAGACCUUGCAGGGAGCUUUCCUGGCCUUGGCCACGUGGUGGGAACUGCAGAAUCCAACAGAACGCAGGAAACAUCCAAGAUCCCAGGUCCCAAAUGCUCCCGGGAGCAGGAUCCCAAUGAGGUUUCCCAGCCCCUGAAGCACAGAGGGAGCGUGGGCAGCGCCCAAGGAGCAGCUCCACAGGGCUCUGAUGGGCGGCAGAGCUGCGAGGAAAUCCUGCUGGAAACACCUGGGCUGGCUGCCCUGGACAGGGACAGGGCGAGGGCAGCAGAGCAGGCUGGAGCCCCCGAGCUCUGCAGGCUGCACGUCAGGUCCGAGAGCGGGGAGCAGACGUACGAGCUGAGGAUGCUGCUCACAGACACCAUCGGGGACCUGCGCCAGCUGCUCGCCCACCUCAGGGGUGGGAACUCGGACUAUGAGAUCCUGAGCACCUUUCCCCAGCGGGUGUACACGGACAGCUCCAGGAGCCUGCAGGAGUGCGGGCUGGUGCCCCGGGCCUCGCUGCUGCUCCGCAGGAGAGACCCCUCCCCGGGGCAGGGCAGGGGGCUGCAGCCAGCCUAGGAGCUGCUCUGCGCCGGAGGCAGCUGCUCUCACCUUACCCGGCUGGCAAGAGGGAGAGGUUUCCUUUCCAGAUUCAGUUUCACCGUGCUGGACAGGGAGCAGAGCUGGGUGGGAGCAGCCGUUUGGCCGCUCCCUGUGGCAGAGG